UUGCCGGAGCUUCAACAGAACAUAGAAGCUUUUUUUUCGCAAUUAUCAGAAUAACUGGAGAUAACAAGGCACCAUCGCAACCAAUAUAUUUGGAUUUUAAAACAAACUAAGACGCCUUCGUUCAUAGUUCAUUAAAUACCUUAGCCCAACCACCGACGUUUUUACGGACACGAACUUGGAUAAGAGUCCUCAUAUUUUUGUGCUUGGAUGUUGAUUCUGCGUUAAACUUGGAAUUGGUCUGUCAAAGCGGGUUUAUUCUUUGUUGUCUUUUCUGACGACUAUUCUCUUCUUUUCUAUUUUAUUUUGAAUUGAUAUUUCCUCAUCAAUCGUCACCUCAAUACCGUUACGUCUUUCUGGCGAAAUUAUGAAAACAUCGAACUUGCUAUAAUCAAGCUUGUGGAAUUGUUGGUUGUCCUCGAAGUCAUUUGAAUGGAGAUCCUGGACGCAGUACAUAUGGGACUUUCAACUUUCUCAAGGUUAAUCUGCGUUUGAAGGUAAGCACAGCCAUGGCCACUCUGGACCAGUGAAGCAUCACUUCCUCUGCAUCCCUAAGAGCCAAUCCAAACACAGCGCACCAUCUCCACAUCAAUUCAGGCUGCUCCUGAGGACAGAAAGGCAGGGAGAAGAGAGGAAAGUGUGUGAGACACAGAGAGAGCGAGAGAGAGAGAGAGAAUUGAAAUUAAAGCAGGGAGGAGUUUAACUGGCCUCUCUCCUCUCUGUUCAUCUCUCUCACGGAUCCCAGACCGUUGAACCCGCCGGGAUCAUGGCCUCGUCCUUCCUCUUCUCGAAACUACAUCUGCCCACUCUCUUGCUGCUGCUCCUCGACGUGACCUCUGGUGCCCCCUACGGCCCGGCCUCUGACACCUGCGUCACUCUGGUGCAGGGCCGUUUCUUCGGGUUCUUCUCCUCGCCCGCGGUCUUCCCCUCCACGCCCUGCUCCUGGACGCUACAGAACCCGGACCCACGGCGUUACACCAUCUUCCUGAAGGUCACCAAGCCCACGGACAGAUGCCUCCCCCGGCAGCUCAAGACCUUCCAGUACGACUCCUUCCUGGAGACCACGCGCACCUACCUGGGCAUGGAGAGCUUCGACGAGGUGGUGAAGCUGUGUGACGUCUCCACCCGCGUGGCCUUCCUCCAGUCCAGCAAGCAGUUCCUCCAGAUGCGCAGGGCUCUGCCCCAGGGACCCUCGGGGUCGGGAGAGGGCGAGGAGGGCUCGUUCAAGGCCGAGUACUUGGUGGUGGGAAACAGGAACCCCAGCAUGCCCGCCUGUCAGAUGCUCUGCCAGUGGCUGGAGGACUGCCUAUCGUCCAGCACACCCCUCAGGCCCUGCGGGAUCAUGCAGACCCCCUGCCAGUGCGGGGAGGUCCCCCAAGAGAAGGCCGACGGCUGCUACCGCGGAGGCAUCUACUUGGAGAACUGCAUCCCUGGCCUGGGAGAGACUGGACGCGACGCCGAGAUUGAGGGUGGCUGGAGCGGGUGGGGGCGCUGGAGUGAGUGCAGCAGCGACUGUGGGGGAGGGGUGCAGACUCGUAAACGUGCCUGUCACGCGGCCCCCGACGAGUCCUACCUGUGUGAGGGAGUGUUAGAGGAAGGACGGCCCUGCAACCCACAGCCCUGCAUCAGCAAAGUACGCCACAUCUCCCGAAGCCAGUCGCUGCGGUCGGUAGACAGCCGCAAGCGAGACGACGGUGACAAGCCUCGCUACGGACACCUGGCCCCCCAGACAGAAUCGGCCACAGGGGAGGAGUGGUCCCCGUGGAGCGUGUGCUCGGCCACCUGCGGGGAGGGCUGGCAGAGCCGCACGCGGUUCUGCAUCUCCUCCUCCUACAGCACGCAGUGCAGCGGGCCCCUGCGAGAACAGAGGCCCUGCAACAACUCCGCAGUGUGCCCAGCCGCUCUGAUUGCAGUGCACGGAGCCUGGGACGAGUGGUCGCCGUGGAGCCUCUGCUCGUCCACCUGCGGCCGUGGUUACCGCGAACGCACCCGCACCUGCAAGCCGCCGCAGUUUGGGGGUGACCCCUGCAUCGGCCCCGCCAAGCAAACCAAGUUCUGCAACAUCGCCGUCUGCCCAGUGGAUGGGAUCUGGAACGAGUGGUCGAGCUGGAGCUCCUGUUCCGCCUCCUGUGCUAAUGGGACCAUGCAAAGGACUCGAGAAUGCAACGGGCCCUCCUACGGGGGGUCAGAGUGUCGCGGGGAGUGGCUGGAGACCAAGGACUGCUUCCUGAGGGACUGCCCAGUGGAUGGGAAGUGGCAGGCCUGGAGCUUGUGGGGCGGCUGCACAAAGACCUGUGGCGGGGGCAGCCAGCAGAGGCAGAGGGUCUGCUAUGGGCCCUUCUUCGGUGGGGAGCAGUGCCCGGGGGACCGCGAGGAGGUGCGGCGCUGCAACGAGAAGAGGUGCCCAGAGCCCCAUGAGAUCUGUGAUGAGGAGAACUAUGCCAACGUGGUGUGGAAGGAGACAGCUUCUGGUGACACUGCAGCCGUGCGCUGCCCCCCCAACGCAGUCGGGCUGAUCUUGCGUCGAUGCACUCUGGACUAUGAUGGCAUUGCCUACUGGGAGAGCCCAACUUACAUGAAAUGCAUUUCCAACGACUAUCGUAGCAUCCAAACAUUGACUCGUGAGCACCUUUCUAAAGCCCAGCGAGGGCUCAUGGGAGAAGGAGUUUCUGAGGUGUUGGCCAAGCUGAGAAGUACAUCCAGUGAUGGGACCAGCUACAGUGGAGAUCUUCUGGCCAUCAUAGAUGUGCUGAAGAACAUGACUGAGAUUUUCCGCAGGUCUUACUACAGCCCCAGCAGUGCUGAUGUGCAGAACUUUGUCCAAUCGGUGAGCAACUUGCUGAUGGAGGAGAACAGAGAGCGAUGGGAGGAGACCCAGCUGCUGGGCCCAAACAUCAAAGAGCUGUUCCGUCUGGUCGAGGACUUUGUGGAUGUGAUCGGUUUCCGGAUGAAGGACUUCCAAGACGCCUACGAGGUCACAGAGAACCUAGUGCUAAGCAUCCACAAGCGACCAGCCUCUGGGGCCUCUGACAUCACUUUCCCUAUGAAGGGCUGGAAGGGCAUGGUGGACUGGGGCAGGGGCUCUGAAGACAAGGUCACAGUCUCGCGAAACACGCUGUCUAUGGGCAAACCAGAUGCAGAUGACUCCUCAGCGUUUGUCACUGGCAUUGCUCUGUACAGGAACCUGGGCAGCAUUCUCUCUUUACAAAGAAACAGCACCGUGCUGAACUCCAAGGUGGUCUCGGUCACAAUUAAGCCCACCCCUACCUUCCUGUCCGCGCCCGUGGAGAUUGAAUUCUCCCAUCUCUACAACGGCACCACAAACCAAACCUGCAUCUCCUGGGAUGAAAGUGACAGCUCAUCGCUGCUCGGAUCCUGGUCGGCUAGGGGCUGCAGAGCGGUGCCCGUUGAUUCAUUCAGAACCAAAUGUGUGUGUGACAGACUAUCGAGCUUCGCCAUUUUAGCACGGAUAAAUCCAGACAUGAAUAUGGACAAAACACUGCUCCCCUCAGUCACCCUGAUCGUGGGCUGUGGGGUCUCCUCACUCACUCUACUUCUGCUCAUCAUCAUCUAUGUAUCUGUCUGGAGGUACAUUCGCUCCGAGCGCUCCGUCAUCCUGAUCAACUUCUGCCUCUCCAUCAUCUCAUCCAACGCCCUCAUCCUGAUCGGACAGACACAGACGCGUAACAAGGUCGUCUGCACCCUGGUGGCUGCUUUCCUUCACUUCUUCUUCCUGUCCUCCUUCUGCUGGGUUUUGACAGAGGCAUGGCAGUCCUACAUGGCGGUGACAGGGCGCCUGAGGAACCGCAUCAUUCGCAAACGCUUUCUGUGCCUGGGCUGGGGUCUCCCUGCCCUAAUUGUGGCUGUGUCUGUGGGCUUCACCAAGGCGAAAGGAUAUGGCACUGUCAACUACUGUUGGCUCUCUCUGGAAGGUGGUCUCCUCUACGCUUUUGUGGGGCCGGCAGCUGCCGUUGUUCUGGUUAACAUGGUUAUUGGGAUACUGGUUUUUAACAAACUGGUGUCCAAAGACGGCAUCACCGAUAUGAAACUGAAGGAGCGGGCAGGUCAGAUGACAGUGCCACUGUACAAUAUGACGCUCAAAUGUGCCAAAUGCGGAGUAAUCUCGUCGGCUGACCUGUCCACCACAGCUACCAGUAACGCCAUGGCAUCGCUGUGGAGCUCCUGUGUGGUUCUGCCUCUCCUGGCACUCACCUGGAUGUCUGCCGUGCUGGCCAUCACCGACCGCCGCUCUGCCCUCUUCCAGAUCCUGUUUGCUGUUUUCGACUCGUUGGAGGGCUUCGUCAUUGUUAUGGUGCACUGCAUCCUUCGACGAGAGGUUCAGGAGGCGGUGAAGUGCCGGGUGGUUGACAGACAGGAAGACGGGAAUGGAGAUUCGGGCAGCUCUUUCCAAAAUGGGCAUGCCCAGCUCAUGACUGACUUCGAGAAAGACGUUGAUAUGGCUUGCAGAUCAGGCACCCUGAAGCGAUCCUCCCUGCAGGGCGAGGAGAAGAUGGCUCCCCAGCAGCUCACCCUCCAGAAGGGCUCCAACUUCAACACCCUGCCUGCCAGCAUGACCAAGGUGCACCUGCAGAAUGUGGCCGACUACUCCAGCCACACCCUCACGCUGAAGAGAGAGAAGCCCAGCGGCGGUGCAGGGGGGGAGCUGCCCGGCGGGAAGUCAAUCUACAUCUGCGACGGAGAGCUCUUCAAGCAGCUGGACUCUGACCUGACCCGCGGCCAGGCCGAGGCCGGAGCCCCCGACGGGAGCAGCUACGUGCUCCUGCCCAACAACACAUCCACGCUGCGCUCCAAGCCCAAAGACGACCCGGCCAAGUACAAUAUCAGCAUCGAGCAGCUGCCCCAGACUCGACUCAUUCACCUCAGCAACCCGGCCAGCGAGCCCGUCCCAGGCUUCGGCCUCAAGACCCUGCCGGCCGACCGGGUCAGCGUGUCCUGCUCUGAGCGAGAAUCGCCCGUCCAGAACCAGCAGAAUGUCUCCAGCGAGUCGCAACUGACCAACAGCUUGUGUGAUCCCGGCGACUCAGGGAACUCCGGCAUGAUGUCGAAGAGCGAGACGGUCUCCACCCUCUCCAUGAGCUCUUUGGAAAGACGAAAAUCACGCUACGCAGAAUUAGACUUUGAGAAGAUCAUGCACACGCGGAAGCGUCACCAAGACAUGUUCCAGGACUUGAACAGGAAGCUGCAGCAUUCUGACAGAGAUUCUCCACCUGUAGAUGGAAAGUCUGUGAAGAGAUGGAGUGUGUCCUCAGGGGGCAGUGACAAAACAAACCUCAGUGACAAACAGCAGACCCCCAGCAAACGGCCGUGGGAGGGCAUUCGAAAGACACACUCGCCCCCUUCGUGGGUGCGCAAGGACCUGGAGCCUGUGCAGGCCUCGCCCUUGGAGCUGAAGACGGUGGAGUGGGAGAAGGCCGGGGCCACCAUCCCCUUGGUCGGGCAGGAGAUCAUCGAUCUGCAGACGGAGGUGUGAGCGGACACGCGCCCCAUGUCCCCUCCCCACCGACGAGAGCUUCCGUCUCAGUCUUCUCUUCAUUUCACUUUGGUUUGAAAAGAACAAACUUGCCGGGAGAAAGUCUUACACCGAGAGAGGACCGCAGAGAAAAAGAGAAUGGAUGAAGUGUGGAACAGGGCCAAUGGCCAGUGCAGGAUGAGCAGAACACGAAGUUUGGGUUCCUUCAGUCCCCCUUUUACUUUUAAGCUGGAAAGUCCUUUUCCUACAGCAAGAUGAGCAGAAAUGGUAAGAAACAAAUGAAGACACUUUAAUGCAGUGGAAAGGAAUAUCAAAAACAUCAAAAUUAACUUUGCCAGACUUUGGCACGAGGAGGCUCGGGUUUUGUCCGAUGUUUCAUAUGGACUUUCUGCACUUUCCCUCCGAGUUCUAGACGGGGACAUAUUCCUGCUGGGCUUCAAUCUCACAGACUCCGGUUUGCCCAUUUGGAAUGACUGGCCAAAGAAUGGUGACCGAUAGAGGCCUACUCUCUCAGCCACGCAAAACUAAACCUGAAGCAACCAUCCGCUGGACUCCCUCCACAGUGACGGGAAAGCUCUGAGACUUCAUUUUUAAUCUUCUAGUAGAUUUACUCAUUUUCUAUUUUAUUUGCGUUAUUUUUAUUACAAGCAGCAAAUCAGACAAAAAGAGCUCAUCGGACUCUAAUGAAAUCUACCAUGCCUUUAAACUCUUCAAAGGAGGAGAAGGUUUGUGAGUGGGCUUGCCCGGUUCUGAAUUGGAACUCCGGCAUCACAGACAACCGCAAAGCAAUUUUGAUUCCUUAAGCAAUCAUAUAAACUCACAUUCUAUUAUUAUUACUAUUAUUAUUAUUAUAAUUAUUAUUAUUAUCCCACCACACGCACAUUCACAGACACGCAAGAACACCCAUAACCUCUAGUCCACAGCCUUGCAUACAUAUCAUCAAAUUUCUCUGGUGUAAAGAAAGCCCUCCAGAGGUAGCAGACAGCGUAAGCAGAUAUGGAGACACCAGGGUGGGUGUGAAGGUCCAACACCAUGACUGGGACUCCAGGGGGCGACAGUGUGCCUCUGCUCAGCCCAGGUCAUUAGACUGUGCUCAGACAGAGCAGGAGCAGUGUGUUUUCAUUGGACGGGCGUCAGUCAUGGCACUGCUACGAGUGUGAUGGCACAUCACAGGAAGGGAUUAGAAGAGAUGGGAAGAGCGGCCUCUUGCCCAGCUCUCCGUCCGUGUUUCAGCCACACGUACACUUACACCUCGUCUCGCUGUUUUUGCAGGCUAUGAUAACACAGCCUCCGCCUCAGAAACGUGUUU